CUGAUGGUGCUUGUUAACAGCCAUACAAUAUCUAAAAGUAUCGCAAAGGACGAUGAAAUUAUCAAUGUAGUUGAUAGUAUACAUGAUUUAGAAAAUGAUAAAGACCAUGAUGUUAAACAAAAUCGAUUUCACAUUAGGAACGGAUACCAGGAGGACCCCCUCAACUUCCAAAAGACGUGGACGCCCAAAUAUACCAAAUUAGAUAAUUCCCUUUUGGCUUCCGAUACUGUUAAUGUAACUAGGUACGUGCAAGUAACGGGUAAGAGCAAUGAACCUGUAGUAACUAAAUCGCAUCGAAAAGGCUUUUUCGAAAGGCUAAUGGACAGACUAAAAGGAAAAAAGAAGAAGCAAUUCAUUUCUAAUGACAUGAUGGCGCGAAUCCGGAUUCAGAGUACCGCGCCGCGAGCCCAAAAGCACCCGCUGCAGGCUGACAAGAGCGAUAACAUUACCAAAGACAACGACAAUUCUUACAUGCUGUUCAAUCAACGAAGCAGAAGAAAGAGACGCUGCAGAUUAUCCAAACGGCAAAGUGUUCCUGACAGGAAAAUGGCGCGAAAAGUUAUAAACUAUGACAUCACUAAUAAAAUUUGGACCAGUACCGAUAAAUCACCUAUUGUUACUGAAAAAUUAAAAAAAGACAAGAGACGUUGGUUGAACGAUAACUACACCUGGAAAAAUAACUUUCCGUUCACGACGACGAGGCCGAGCCAACAGACGUUCACACACGGCGAUGAUGUGUCUUUAACAGAAUUGACAACUAAAUUAGAACAUUUAAAAGAAAUAUAUAACAUGAAGCCGGAUCCCUACACAAAUUUAAUGUCAGUUAUCUUGAAUCCUAACGGGGCAUACAAUUUUAAUAAAUAUACAACACCACUAGCCGAGGACAUGGACAAAUACAUGGUGGAAACUUCCGAGAUCGAAGAGAUAUUGAAUAACAUUAAGAUGAACGCAAUCGAAACUAUUACGAAAGGAUUCGUCACCGAGCUCGGCAUCAUUCCGUUCUCUUAUACAAGUACUAAAUUUUCGAAAAAUAAUAUGAAACGUAACUUAAAUGCGAACUGUAACAUAUCGAACUAUGUUAAUGUGGACGAACUGAAGAAAACGUUAACAAAGAGAAUGACGUCGGAGGAUGCGGCGAGGUAUGGCGCGGCGGCCGAAGCAAGUCAGCAAGAGGAGUACGAAAACGAGGCAGACCAUGAUAAGCCCCUUGAAAAUAUGGAAAUCAAUACUCAACCGGCAAAUACUUUGACGACUGACUUUAAAGAUUUGGCGGAAAAAUUAUACUACAAAGAUUACGUGAAUGGCUACAAACACUACCUGAAGUUCCAACAGGAGCAAGGUGUACAAAAUUACUCUAAUUUAGUGCGUUACCAGGCGCACCGACACCACAGUGUCGACGACAUUGGCAAGUUCAUUCUGAACAAACUGCCGACGGUGCCUAAGAAGGAAAAGAGAGCGUUCAACGACGCCGCAGAGACUACCGAGGACCAAGAUAUAUCGACGAAGAGCGAGGAAUCUUGGUUCAAGAAGCAUUUUUAUGUAUUUAUUGAUUCCGGUCAGCCCAAAAAGUAUCACUCAUCGCAGACUGUAUCACUGAGGCCACUAGUUACAGACAAAAAUAAUAUUGAAUCUUCACGAUGUAGCGCCCAUGUUAUGAGCGACAAUGAUAACCUGAUAGCCACCACGGACCAGCAGAAGCAGAGCGAAGACGCGGACUUGGACCAGCUGGCGAACGCCUUAAAAAUGUGCAAAACUCAAACAACAUCAGCAAUGGAGAAAGAUUUAAAGCACGGUCUGAAGAUGGGAUCUGAGAGCAAUAAUCUAACCGAAAAUCUUAACACAAAACUUUAUGAUAGGAAUGAAAAAUAUGAUAAAAACUCGACUACAGAGGCCAACAUAGACUUGCUGCUAGAAAGUGUUUUGCACAGACCCGUCCGGAAUUUACAAAAUGACGUCACCGAUAAUGAAUACCAACUGUAUCGCAGUUAUUUACCAGAUCUCGAGCUGGACGCCUUGAAAGAGUUGUCAUCGGAGCGGUCGCGGAAAUUAAAAAAGAAAUCGGGGAAGUACGCGUACGUGGACCUGAACGUGGUUACCCAGCCAACCGCCAUCGUCAACCUGAGGAACACAGGCCACGAUAGUAAGCUAAGGAAGUUUUUUAAGCAUCUUCGUUUACGAUUUCACAAAAAUAAGAACAAGCAAAAUUCGAUACUAAAAAAGCGGGAUUCGCCGCGAACCAUAAAGAGCUUAAAUCCUUUGAAGAAAUUAAAAAAAAUGUUUAACGUACGAAUCGACGGGAAACCGGACGUAGUCCUGAGUAAAAUGUUCGACUACGACAUGUUUGACCCCCACGUCAACCAGUUCAAAUCUAUGAAGUACAACAAGCCUCCGCCGAAUCUAGACGAUAUAAAGAUGGAUAUACCGACCGUAAUCCCAGAGUCGUCGAAGUUAAAGAGUUUUACCAAAGAUCGGCCCUUCAAGACCACUAUACCUAAGAAAUUUUUCCCUCACGCUGGUAAUGCCGAAAAAAACGAUGUCCCUUGUACUAACGAAACAGUGGUGACAGAACCGUGUCCCAUAUUGAUGACCACCAAAGCAACUCCGCCGCCCACCACUACCAUUUAUAGAACACUAACCGGCAGCUCAAGAAAUAAACCGGACUUCAACGAAGCUGACUUUAUCAAUAUUAAAGUAACAACUGUCAAGACGUUGAACGAUUAUCCAACGCAGGGUAUGUACGAACUCGCCGUGUCACCGUACAAGGCUGUAAGAAACAAAAUGAAUGAUAUAAAUCUAAUCCGAAGAUUCACAGCUCUCGUGAGGCCAAACAAAAUGGCUAAAGAAAAUCUGCAACGUAUUUAUUUAAGUUCAAUAAAGUCAGACGAAGACGAAGUUAUCGACACCAGCAAAUUUAAACACAAGGAAAUAACACACAGCAGAAUACUUCCCACUACUGAGUCUCACUUCUUCUCCUAUAUUCAAUUAAACGAUGAUAAUCAGCCUUACAAUCUAAACAACUCGAGCGUUGUCGACGACAACGUGCAUCAGGCGCAGCUCGUUACGAUGCCCUUGUAUGAGAUGUCGCCCAGGAUGAAGAAACAUCGCUUAAUGAGCAGCAAGAGGCGAAAAUUUUCAAACACGAGGAGAAGGUAUCAAACAACGCCCAACUACUUCAAUGAUUUAGAAAUGUGGCACAACGAUAUAUUGGACUCUGACAAGUAUACGACUUGGCAAAAUAUAUUAAAGAAUAUACAACAGCCGUAUACGUACAAGCCUCCCGAUGUGAUGGCCCUGAAAAGUGAGCUGCACAGGCUGGACAAACUGCUGGACAUUAGGAGACCGGUGGGCCGGGAGAAUUUAAAGAGAAAAAUUAAACAGUUUGAGCAGGCAACCAAUAUUAACAAAACUUGUCACAAGAAAGCGGAAACGAACGAAGACUUUUUGAUUAGAAAAAUAAAAAAGAAUUUUGAUGAGGAAAAUCAUAGGAUAAAACGCCGUAGCAUUGCCAGCGGCGAGCUGCAACCGUUGACUCGAAGCGAAGUGCGUCUAGAAAUGCCCGGGUUGCUGAGCACGCAGUACCGAGGUAUACUGCAUCCUAGUUUUUUUGUAACUCACAGCGUUCAAAUUGAGGAUCCUGUUAAAAACAAAUCAGAACCAGGCAACUCGAGUGUGAAAGAGAGCGCUACCGCUUCGGACGUUAUGUCGUUCGACACCACUUUAAUGGCUUACGACGACAGCGUUAAUAUAUUAAAAGAAAUUCGAGAUGAAACAACUGCGAAAACUUCACACCAUGUCUUAUCUCCUGUCAACAUCUUAACAAAACUACACAAGGUACCCGAGCAACAUUUCUCUACGCCUCUGCCGAUGAGGACGGAGGAUUUUGAAAAUUUCCUUCGUGAUAACAACAUCGAUGUAAAGUCUGUCACCUCUCCUGUUUACCUUCCCUCGCCCGAAAGUUUUAAGACUGAUCUGCAAGCGAAAGAUUCCAUCAAACAAGCAUUAGAUCCCAUUUUGUACAACCAAACGACAGAAGGUGUUCAUGUGCUGGAUCCGAAGAACGCUACCCACAGCUCGAACCGAAGUACCACUGCAACGCUUAAGAGAAAAAUGGGUAGGUAUAGUAAUAAUGAAUUGGCAACAGAAAUAGAAAAUAAGUAUUCCCAUGGACUUACUGCCGACAUUAAAAAUAAUUUCAAUGGUAAAAGGAAAAAAAGAAGCAUCAUUAAAGAAGCUUACAGAAGUUUGCCUACCCUAGACUACCUAGGUGCCGAACUUUUUAACAAAUACAUGAAACUAAAACCUCCUCUUAGAAAUAAUAGUUCGCAACAUGCACAGUCGACAAAAUAUACUGGCAAUUUUACAGCUAAAACGGUCGAUGAAGAUAGCGAACACUUUUUGGAUACUUUGGAAGAUCAACUCCAUUUCGGGAAAAUGACUCAUGAUAUUCUAAACGGUACUACGAUUGAGCAUAAUGAAGGGAGUGGAAAUUUACAGCGUCAUAAUCUAGAAGAACAUAACUUAAAGCUUACUCACAAAUGUAUUGAUGUCUUUCCGACUGAAAAUAAAAUAAAAAUCAAUAUUUCAGAGCUAUCUAAAACGUUCUCAGAAGUGAUACCGAUUAAUAAAAUGGACGAAAGCCGUCCUAGAGCAACAACAGACAAAAACAAGCUGUCCUACUCGCCUUUGGUGCAUAACAACUUGCUAUAUCGUUCCAAAUCCGAUAAAAAACAAGAAGUAAUCGGCAAAGAAAAAAAUGUAGCUGGCGAACUGAGCUCUUAUAAACAGGACAAAGGAAAUGGUGACUUCAUCGAUCAUUCAGAUUCAAAGCAGAGUAACAAAGAUUACUUUGAUUUCGUCGAUCUAUACAAGAAUCCAAAAAAAGAGGAUGUAACAACAAAAACGUCGAAAUAUGACUUUACUUUAGAUGAGAUGGCUUCUAACAAAAUAAAGGAUAAAAGAAAUGGCAAACACGAUAUAUCAUCAGAAAGAUUAAAAGUAUUUGGAAAUUCUGGUUUUUAUUCCAAGAAUAUACAAGAAUUUAUAAAAGAAAGAAGUGUGAAGCAUCGGGGACCAAAGAGCCGACGUAAACGCAAGAGGCGACAAAUGACACUCGACCAAGAAAGACAUUUUGCAUUUAUAGCCGCUCUCGGCAGAUUUGUCCAAGCCAUCCGUAAAGUGAGUGCUUGCACUUCCGACAGAGAGGAACAAAUGAAAGAAUUGGUAAGGGUGGUCGAGGCCGUUGAGAACUUCACGCGACCCAACGUGAUGAUUCACAUAGACCUACCCACUUACUACCUGCCCGACACAAAGCGCAGCGGCUACACGCCGAUACCUAGUCCACCAAAGUCGAUUUGGAACGAUUUUAUACUGAAAUAUGUGUCGGGAAUAGCUCUACUAGAAUUGCUCACUAAAUUUGGAAUACUGAAAACCGAGGAGCAGAGUCUUUCGGAUGGCCUGGACGAGAGUGCUAACGCUUGUGGACUUUUUAGUAGAGUUGCCGAACCACGCUCCGCGAUGGAUUUGAUGUCAGUCGAUCGUAUCAGGAGAAUACCGAGUGCUCAAUUAGACCACAAUGAAGUAACAGAUUCAAAACCAGAACAGAAAACAACUAUGGAGCCGAGGAGGGGCACAAUUAUAUACGAUCUUAAACAGCUGAGUCGUCCGCGAGCCAUUACUGUGAAAGCGCGCCGAGGACCUUUUAAGAAAGGCACAUCAGUGGUUGCAAUGGAGAAGAAUCAGAUGGAGGUGACGUACAAUGGUUCCGUUCCAGUCAUCAUCCCUUCGACCACCGCUAGGAGAUCAAUAGUGACCACAACCACGACAAAGAGCACGGUGACUGUAGCAAUAAAGUCAAACCGCUCCACUAUGACGGCACUGAGAACUACAACGUUAUGCAAGAGUCCUUACACAAUGAAACGCGGAGAUAAACCUAUAACAUCCUCCACAAAUAAGACAUCAACUGCAGAAAAACCAGUAAAGGUUACAGAAGGCAGCACUGGUCAUACGCAACCGAACGUCGCCAAGGAAAAACUAACGAAAACAACUGCACCGGUUACAACGCGUACAAAAUUAAAUCCUAAACAAACAUUUAAAACUAAAACUAGCGACCAUCGUUUCGUCAUAAUAACAACGAAAACAUUCUUAAAAAAGAUAGAAAACAAACAAUACAAUGAUGGUCUGCUUACAAAUGCAUUACCAACUAUAUCGAUGGCCAAGUUGUCAAUAGAAAACGUGACCGCCGCCGCCGCUGAAGUGACCAAGACGAAGAAAAGCAGCUGCUUAACGAUCAACUCGACCGUCGCACCCUCGCCGACCGUAAACCAAGUGACAUCAAGCACCACCACAGAGAGCCCGCGCAUGAACACCUCCACACCCUUCACUACUGAUGAUAUGAAGGAAUUAGAUGAGGAGAGCUUAUAUAUAACCAGCAAUUAUUAUGAUUAUCACACGGCAGGCUUGGACUACAACGAAGAUGAAAAUAAAUUUGACACAACAACUAAAAUAAAAAAUAACACAACAAAUAAGCAUUUGAAACGCGACAUAAAAUCACAGAAUAUUUUUACUGCCAAAGACGUUGCUGCCAUCGAAGUUAUAGUAGAUUUAAUGCGGAAGAAUCGUAACCUAAAUGAGAACGAAAUAGUGGGAGCGUUCAACGACAUCAGAAAUAAAUCUACGAUUGCCGAACAAACAACAAAAGCAACUCAGGCUUUUAUGAAAUCCAGUAAUGGCAUUAGUAACUCUAUUCAGGUCCACAUUGCUAUCCCAUGCAACAUAUCAAUAGAUAAAAGGAGAUCUUUAAGUGAACCAGUUCGGAUCAGGAAAGUGUUUACAGCCAGAUUGUCCACACCGGUCGAUAUAGAGUACCAAAUACAUUCAGUAGAGGAUGUAGACCCAGUGCCUACCGAAGCAGCAUUUGUUAUUCCACCAAAAAAUGUUACAUGCAAUACAAAUUCUACAGACGUACCACAUGUAAAUAACUCAAAAAAUUGCACGGUCACAGUUGUAAAUGAAAUAACACCGAGAGCAGAAAAACUAUCUCCCGGAUUGUAUGUGCUCGUAGAAAAUCAAUCAAUUCCCGAUGGUCAAUUUAUUUUAAAACCUGUCGAUAGAAGUAAACUGUUUUCUGAUUUUAAAUUGAAUGAUAAUAUAAUUGUGACACCGAAAAGCAUAACAUCAGCUAACCCAAAUAAUUUAGGCAAAGUGACGUUGAGUAAAGAUUUUAUAGCAGUUAUCAACAAACAUCUGAUGGAAUUGUAUCAAUACUUAAUGACCACAAAAGAACAUAAAAGUAAAUUAAGAAGAGUCGAUGAUACGAAAAUAAAGCGAAGCGCAACAAUAAAUCGCCUUAGACACAGAAGGGAAUUAAAUUGGGAUACUAUAAAAAGAUACAUAGGCCAUGAUAAAGUUUGUCGCUGUCGUUGCAAACCAAAUCGUACCAUGUGUCGCGCGUGCGCUGCAAGCGAUGCCGUCAUUUCAGAAUUAAUAUUUGAAUUAGAUAAUUUGGCACAAUACAUGAAUGAUCACUGUACUGAAAUACAAACAUACUUUUGGGUGAAUCCAAGUGGUGGCAGAAAGCUAAGAGAUGCCGUGCACAGAAUAGACAAAACUUUAUAUGACUAUUUCAAAAGAGUAUCAGGUAAAUGUAAAGGUCGUCCUUGCAAAGUGUUCAUGUAUAUGGAUAAACGUGACUUUGUAAACCCCGAUAACAAAAGUAAAUACAUUGGAGAGCCUUUGAUACAUGACGUAGAAAAAUUAGCAGAUCAUUUAGAAAAGGCUUUAAGAUUUAACAUAGGCGAUGAGAAUCUUCUCGACAGCGGCACUAAAUGUCUCGAUGUUAUUACAAAAUGCAUGCAUUUAAAAUCUUUCAAUAAAAGAGCUAACGAAGGUGAAACUAGACGCAUCAAAAAUGUAUAUUCCUUAGAUAAUGUGAAUGUCAACAUUAUUUGCAAGUCUGAUAAAUUAGAGAGUACGCAGAAAAAUAUAUUUGACUCAACAAUAGCAAGUACACCAUAUUUAACUGGACCGUCUGGCAUGUUUUACUACGAUGAGACAGGUGAUUAUAUUAAAGACGAAGUUAAGAAAAAAGGAAUUAAAUCUCUUCUAAAGCUUAGAGGUUACUCGAAGAAAAAAAGGAAGGAUAAGGAUAAAAAUCAUUGGUUCCCAUACAAUGUUACACCAUCCAUCGGCGGAAAUAUAGCUAAGAAAAAUGUAAAAAAGAGACAUGUAUCAAAUGAUUAUCAAAUCGAAUCACCCCUCAGCGAAGAGGGAAUCGAAUCAAAGUGGUAUAAUUUAUUGAAAGGUAAAAAAUACUCAGAUCAAUUAGGAGACGAAACUACAAACGCAGAUGAUAAUUUCAAAUAUUUGCCAAAUGAUAAUAAAACAGAAAACGUUACAACUGAUGUCGAAAACUCCAGCAAAUUUGACAGCUUCGAUCAAGACGACGCCACCAUUCAAAGCAUCGAUCAAUAUUACAGUAUCGCGGCUUAUACUCUUUAUAAAAAAGUACUAUCAGACGUUACACGUCCGAGAAAAAGAAUGAAAAUUAAUUCAAUACAACCGCUCAAAUCUAAAAUAAAGAACUCAUCUCAUCUCGGAACAAAUAAUUUUACACCAUACAAAGCAAUAAAAUCUUCAAGUGCCAAAGUUAGGACAAUUCUAAAUAGUAUGAUAACUACUCGUAUGCAGAGCGAUGGUACGAGAAAAUGUCAUAAUAAAAACGUCGAUGCAAAUAGUAGAAAUGUUACAAAAGAUGCUAACUUAAUUUCCGUUACAAAUGCCGUCAAUAAUUACGAGAAAAAUUUACGUAAAAAUUUACAGAAAUACAGCUUUAGCAGGCUCAAGGAAUCUACAAUCAAUUACCUUGAUGCAUCGAACAGUACACGCAGCCUUGUAAAUACUGCGACUACUCCUAUACCGGUUCACAAACAGACUUCAGCUUCAAAUACAAUUACUAUUAGAAGUUCAUUAACAAAGAAAAGACCAUCCGUGAAGUCACAUAAACUUAACAAUAAAGAUGACGUCACAAUAAGCGGUCCAGCAAGCAGCACAAACUUACCUUCGACUCCUAAACAAAAUCUUAUUAAAGUGCCUCUUAAAAACACUCAGUCAAAAGAUGAAUUGUUGUUCGGCGGCACUACUGUGAAUGCAAAAGACAAUAAAGAACUUCUUUUGUCUAUUCUUGAUUUUGAGACAAAUAAACUUAACGAAGAGUGGCAAAGAAUUGCUUUAAGAAAAACUGCAGACGACUACAGGGAGGACGAUGGACAAUCCUUUAUCCAACUCCAUUCUGAGGUUUUCAUGUCUAAUCAGAAACCCCAACAGCAUAAAGAAACAAAUCGCAAAGGUGAUCGCAUAGAGAGUGAUCGUAAAGAAGGUAAGUCGGAGACCGCUUUGAACAUGGGCCAAGGAGUGGUGGCUGACAAGAGCCCAUGCAACAAGCACAACCAUGCGGAGCACAAGCCACAACUGGUGACGAAGAUAACCCCGCCGGUCAGGCACCAAAAGCCGCUAGCGAGCACCACGACGGACUCUUACUACGACAUACGUAAGGACCUGCCUGACAUAGAACUGCAGCCGCCGCCCGAUGCAUAUCAUUCUAAACCAUGUCACGGUUUGUUGGACAAGUUCCUUGAUAAAUUCAAGUUUAAAAUGCUUCCUGGGACAAGAAAGGAGAAGGUAGCCAAAACUCACCAAAACGGAUCGAAAGGGCGGGCUUUAAAGAGAAAGUUGGAUCACGGGAAACGAGGGAACAGCAAAGCGACUGCCGAAAAUAACUCAGAGGCGGAGAAUAACACCAACCCUGCAACAGAGACCUCUGACCCUCCUGAGUCUCCAUGUGACAACAUUGAAGAAAAGAAUGUAACCCAAACCCCAGUCAAUAACACCGCUACGAGCGCAGCGGCUAAUGCCAAGAAUGCAAACAAACAACCACAACAUGGACCUAAAACGAACGAAAACCUUAAGAAAACUAAAACCCAUGGCGAAGCAGAGGUCCAUGAGCCGAGCUGCGGGCGUGGGCAGAUCUGCGACAUCGACGCGACUAUCAUUCAUGUCAUCGACAUGUACAAGAAGCUGCCGACGGCCGCCUUCAGAUCCUUCGUCAAGAAUAUAACUUGCUACGCAUACAAAGAUAUACCGCAGAUAUUCCAAAUACGAGACACAACAAAGACGAAGAAGUCGAGACACGGGAACGAGCAGGGCAGCAAGAUCUGGCGGUGGAACUGGGUGCGCGGAAAGAGGUCGACAGAAGACGACGAAAACUUUGCAGAUAUCUCUUAUAGAAAUGAUGUCGAUUAUGACUACACAGAUGAUGAUAAUAAUAUUGUUGAAAGUAAAUACCCAGUAGAAAAGAUACAGUACGUCCUGGGGAAUGAUAAGGAGGACUAUGACAAACUGUAUCUGGGCACAGACGGAGUAUACAGAGGGAGAGAGAACGAGAGAAGAAAGAGGAAAACGAUAGACAUGACUAGUGUCGUGAACGGCUUGACAAACUUACCUCCACUGCGAGAAUUAGUGGAUGAGAUAUUCGUGAUACGGGGAAAAUCAAUAUCUAUAUUCUGCAACGUGUCGGGCACGCCCGUGUACUCGGUGUCCAACCUGACCAACAUGUUCCGCUACACGUGGACCGCGGAGAGGAAGUCCAUGCUCAGCGCGCCCAACCUCAAGGUGGUCGGGCCGUCGCUGGUGCUUAACGCCAUUGAGCCUAGGAACUUUGGGACGUACACCUGCUCGCAGGAUAAGAUCGUGGCCCGCAGUGUGAGGGUGAAUGUCAUAGAGAUACCUGACUUCAACAUUGUGUUUACACCGCUUUACAAGUGCCUUGGCGAGUGUACUUAUGAGGACCUUGAGAACAUACAGAACUUGGGUCUGGCGAUACAGAAGUCUGCGAACUGUUGCGGCAUUGUGUCGAGCUCCAUCCGCGUCGACCAUCCUAUAUCGCUGUCCGAUCAGGAAAACGAGGACUUGUUGAAGCCGACGGUGGUGAUAACGGCUAUGGCGCCGACGAGUAUCGAGUGCGGGCCCGAGUGUCGGCGAGACCUCACAUGCUCCAUCGCGCUGCUGUGGGCAAGUAACGCCCCCGCUCUCACCACCGUCAAAGUUGUAAUAACUUACGACAAGUUUAACAACACACUAACCCCAGUGGACAGCAAUGUGCCCAAGAUGUCGAUAUCGAAGAAACUGAAAACUAAAGACUCGAAUGGUCACCGAGAGUAUCUGGUGCUGUCGCGGUCCAUGUCCCCGGGCGACGUGGACGUGGUGGUGGCCUGCCCCGCCGGGUACUACUUACUCACUGACCAGAAGAUUUGUGCGGUGUGCCCGGCUAACACGUGUGCGGCGGCGGGCGAGAACACGUGCUCGCCGUGCCCGCGCGGCACACACGCGGAGCCCGGCGCCGCCGCCUGCCGCCUCGGCCUCACUCGCCUGCACAGAACCCAGUAUUUCAGUCACAGGGCUGGCAGUGGUGGCAGUGGUGUCAGCGAGGUGCAGGGUGGUGCGCCAGCCCGUGGCGCUGGUGGCAGUGGGGCGUGGCUGUAUGUGGCCUGCUGUGCGCUGGUUGCGCGUGCGCGGCGGGGGGUCUGA